AUGGUGGGCCACCUGCAUCUGCGGGGCAUGGAGGGCAGCCCGAGGGAGCAGAGCCGCGAGGGCCUGCUGGACAGCCCCGACUCCGGGCUGCCCCCCAGCCCCAGCCCCAGCCCGCCUUUCUACGCGCUGGCGCCCGGCAUCCUCGACGCCCGCGCGGGGGGCGCCUCCUCCGAGCCCCCCGGAGCCAGCGAGGCCGGAGCGCCCUCUGCCCCCCUGCAGAACCCCCCGGCCCCCGAGAUGAGGCCCCGGAUGCUGCCGGUGUUCUUUGGGGAGAGCAUCAAGGUGGACCCGGAGCCCACGCAUGAAAUCUGCUGCAGCUCUGAGGUCCAGUUCUCCUCCGAGAGGCGCUUCCGCGACAAAGUGUUCUACGCGCCGGUGCCCACGGUCACGGCCUACAGCGAGACCAUCGUGGCGGCGCCCAACUGCACGUGGCGCAGCUACCGCAGCCAGCUGACCCUGGAGCCGCGCCCGCGCGCCCUGCGCUUCCGCAGCACCACCAUCAUCUUCCCCAAGCGCGCGCGCAGCUCCUUCCGCACCACCCUGCGUUGCAGCCUGGGCCGCGCGCGCCGCUCCUUCACCGCCAGCGUGCAGCUGCGGCUCUGCGCCCCGCCGGCGCCCUAG